UCAAACCACAAUCCCACGUGAUAUCAUCGACACAGUGACUAGAGAAAAAUCCGAAGCACUGUCCCUCACGCCGACACCGACACCCGUUUUUCUCGCCGUUAGAUCAGCCUCUCCUUAUCUAGAAACGCACAUCGAAAGGUCAGUAAGUCGAGCUCAAGUAGACGCGGCUGUAUCUGAAUUACCCCAGCUUUCCUACCUCCUUUGGAAUUUUCAUUAAUUAAAAACCAGCUCUGGCUCUCAGAUAACGCCGUUCAAAAUUUUCACAUGCGAAUUUUAGGUGCGUUGAAAAGUCUUAGAAUGAAGACAGCGAAACAACAACCUGUGCAGACAUUGGACUGCCAACCCUCAAUAAAUACCAUGAUCUGUUGCUUUUGGGUUCGGCCGGCUAGCCACUGGCUGAGGAGAAAACGAGGCUUGGUUUUGUCCCUUUCCGACAAAGAAAGGAAAAAAAAGAAAAAAAGAAUAUGGAAAACGUAGAUUUGCUCUCGAUUGUUGGUAUUAUAAGAAUCGACCAGUACAAAAGUUCCAAACGUUGCAUAGGCAUUUGAGUGUUUGGAAAGGAAUAUGUUUAGAGGUUUUGGAAUGGGAAACUUGGGUGGUCUAGCCUCCUCUGAUAUACCGCUUGUGCUUGUUUUUGUUGUGCUUUAUUUGUCUAAUGGAGUAGUUAAUGGAGCUUAUAUGAAGUACGACACUGGGAGUGGUGUCGUUGAAGGCAAAUUGAAUGUUCAUUUGGUUGCGCAUUCUCAUGACGACGUCGGUUGGUUGAAGACGAUUGAUCAAUACUAUGUUGGAUCAAACAACAGCAUUCAGGGUGCUUGUGUUGAAAAUGUGCUGGACUCAGUUGUGGAAUCGUUGCUUCGUGAUCCCAAUAGGAAGUUUGUAUUUGCUGAGAUGGCAUUUUUCCAACGAUGGUGGCUAACACAGAGUGAGGAAAUUCAAGAACAAGUGAGAAAACUUGUAGAUGAUGGCCGAUUGGAAUUCAUAAAUGGUGGCUGGUGCAUGCAUGACGAAGCAACAUGCCACUAUGUAGACAUGAUUGACCAAACGACUUUAGGUCAUCGUGCCAUAAAAGAGCAGUUCAAUAAGGUUCCUCGUGCUGGUUGGCAAAUUGAUCCAUUUGGACACUCUGCUGUGCAAGCUUACCUCCUUGGGGCUGAGCUAGGGUUUGAAUCUGUACAUUUUGCACGGAUUGAUUAUCAGGACAGAGCAAAGCGCAAGGAAGAUAAAUCACUUGAAGUUAUAUGGCGUGGUUCCAAGACUUUUGGUUCUUCAUCUCAGAUUUUUACCAAUGCCUUUCCUGUUCACUACAGUCCUCCAAAAGGUUUCCAUUUUGAAGUGUCUGAAGAUUUUGUCCCAGUCCAGGAUAACCCUCUUCUUUUUGACUAUAAUGUUGAAGUACGGGUCAAUGAUUUUAUUAAGGCUGCUCUUACACAAGCAAACGUGACCAGGACAAACCACAUCAUGUGGACGAUGGGUGAUGAUUUCCAAUAUCAAUAUGCUGAGUCAUGGUUUAAACAAAUGGACAAAUUGAUUCACUAUGUUAAGAAGGAUGGUCGAGUCAAUGCCUUGUAUUCUACGCCAUCUUUAUACACCGAUGCUAAACAUGCAGCAAAUGAGACAUGGCCACUGAAAACCGAUGAUUACUUUCCGUAUGCAGAUGGUGCAAAUGCUUACUGGACCGGAUUUUUCACUAGUCGCCCAGGUUUGAAGGGCUAUGUUCGGAAGUUGAGUGGAUAUUAUGUGGCAGCAAGACAACUUGAAUUCCUCGUUGGGAAAAGAUCCACUGGUCCCACCACAUAUGGGCUGGGAGAUGCUUUGGGGAUUGCACAGCACCAUGAUGCUGUCACUGGUACAGCUAAACAGCAUACAACAAAUGACUAUGCAAAGCGCCUGGCAAUCGGUGCCUCUGAGGCAGAAAUUAUGGUAAAUUCUGCUUUGUCAUGCCUGACUAAGAAGAAUACAUCAGGAUCUCAAUGUGAGCUGAAAGACUCAGUAUUUAGACAGUGUCAAUUACUUAAUAUCAGUUUCUGCCCACCAACGGAGGAAGAUAUUCCACAAGGGAAAAGCUUGGUUGUAGUGGUUUAUAACCCUCUUGGAUGGAAUCGUACUGACAUUGUCAAGAUACCGGUUACUGAUGCCAAUCUUAUUGUUGAAGAUUCUUUGGGCAAUUCCAUUGAGGCACAAUAUGCAAGUCUGGACAAUGUUACAAUAAACUUGAGAAAUUACUAUACAGAAGCCUACUUGGGCCAGUCACCAAAAGAAGUCCCUAAGUAUUGGCUUCACUUUCAAGUAUCUGUGCCACCACUUGGUUGGAACACAUACUUCAUUUCUAAGGCAGCUGGAAAAGGGAAUAAUAGAAGGUAUGGCUAUUUCUCUGAGGACAAUCCACAGAAUGACACCAUUGAAAUUGGACCCGGAAAUCUGAAAUUGUCCUAUUCUUCCACUUCAGGACAACUGAAACGGAUUUAUAACUCUAAAACGGGGGUUGAUGUACCUAUACAGCAAAGCUAUCUGUGGUAUGGUUCAAGCGAUGGUGGUGAGGAUGGACAGGCUUCUGGUGCAUAUAUUUUCCGGCCUAACGGCGCUCUUCCAACUGUUGUUUCGAGAUCAGUGCCAUUGAAGGUCAUUCGUGGAUCACUGCUUGAUGAGGUUCACCAACAGUUCAGUCCGUGGAUCUAUCAGGUUACUAGACUCUACAAAGACAAAGAGCAUGCUGAAGUUGAAUUUACUAUUGGUCCAAUUCCGACAAAUGAUAGUGUUGGAAAAGAGGUCAUCACACAACUGACAGCAAAUUUGGCCACUGACAAGGUGUUCUACACUGAUUCCAAUGGAAGAGAUUUUCUGAAACGGGUUCGAAACUACAGAGAAGACUGGAACCUGACUGUUACUCAACCUGAAGCAGGAAACUAUUAUCCACUUAAUCUUGGAAUUUUCACUGCGGAUAAGAAAUCUGAACUCUCGGUCCUGGUUGAUCGUGCUACUGGAGGAGCUAGCAUUAAAGAUGGAGAACUAGAGCUAAUGCUUCACAGGCGUUUGCUUGUUGAUGAUUCUCGAGGAGUGGGAGAAGCCCUUGAUGAAUCUGUUUGUGUCAACGGUACAUGUGAAGGACUAACGGUUCGAGGAAAUUACUAUGUGAGCAUCAACCAGCUGGGGGCUGGGGCACGCUGGCGCCGAACAACUGGCCAAGAGAUAUAUUCACCGCUUGUUUUAGCUUUCUCACAUGAAAAAUUGGAGGAUUGGACAGCAUCUCGUUCGACAAAAGCAUCUACCAUUGAUCCAAAUUACAGCUUGCCUCCCAAUGUUGCUGUUAUUACUCUUCAGGACUUGGAUGAUGGAAGUGUGCUCCUCCGACUGGCACAUCUAUACGAGGCGGGUGAAGAUCCUGAAUAUUCAACAUUGAGUCAAGUGGAACUGAAGAAGCUGUUUACUGGCAAAACGAUAAAGGAGGUAACCGAAAUGAGCUUGUCAGCAAACCAAGAGAAGUCAGAGAUAAAGCGUUUGACAUGGAAAGUAGAAGGUGACAAUGGAGUAGAACCUGAACCAGUUAGAGGUGGCCCUGUUAAUAAUUCAACUCUUGUAGUAGAGCUUGGUCCUAUGGAGAUACGCACUUUCUUACUGAAAUUUUAGUCAAUAAUUGUAUGUAAACUUCUAAUAAGAGUCUCUAAAGACUCAAUAAAACAUUUUAAUAAUAAAUAUGAUCCAAUCAAAUAAUUUGACUGCAA